AGCAUGACGAACAGUUUCUACGAGAUGAGGUCCUUUCCGGACCUGGUAGCCAACUUGGCAGCGGAAGGUGCCAAGAUGUACAACACUAGGCAGUCGUACAACGGCCAAAUGGGUUAUAAUAUGAAGCUUUAUAACUAUCAGUCUGCGCCGUAUGUAUCGCAGGUGUACGGCAACUGCCACCCGAAGCAGCGCUACACCCCGUAUCCCAAUCGCAACUACGGAGGCUUGAGCGGAGGGCCUAGCAACGGUAGUGCACCCAGUAGCAUUAACCAAAGCAACCUUUGUCCGCCGAAUCAUCUAGUGCAGCCUUCAUUCCCGCCAGGAAGCGGUAGCUUUCAGGCGGUUUCAAACAAGUCGCUGAACUCGUCGCUCAACAGUAGCGGUUCCGAUUCGGGCAAGAACUCGACGUUCUACAGCAAUAACACUAGCGGCUGCAGUAGCCCCCAUCAGAGCAACUACUCGACCGAUAGCUUGUGUACCGGCAGCAGUAACGGUCACAAUAGCAGCGCCAUGAACACGAGCGGACCGGGGCCGAGUUUGAGCUCGGUGCUGUCGGCAUCGGUCCCUCCGGCCGAGCAGACAGCCACCGAUCGCGAACAGAAGGAAGCAAUCACGCUGCAGAUCAGCAAUCUCGAUGGCACAAUUGAUGAGCACCGAAUGCACCAGUAUCUGUUGUGUCAGCUCGAACCGAUUACGCCGGUUAUAUCGCUCACCAUCGAAAGCCCUUCGCUGGCGAAGGUGAAGGUUCCGUCGGCACAGUGUGCCAAACACGUUGUGGCCAAUCUGCAUCGCAAAAAGAUCGGCCACAAGCGUAUGGUUGUGUCGUACAUCAAAGAUCCGUCAUCGGCCGAAUCGUCGGCGCUGCGUUGCCAGGUGGCCGGUCUGCUGAACGAUGUCCCGUUCUACAGCUUGCCGAUCAAUCGGUUCCGGGAGCUGUUUCAAUCGCGCUUCAAGUCGUCGAUUAACGUGCUAGAUCUGUACCGAAUGCAGGACGUGUGCACGAUCACGACCGACAAAAACGAGGAGAAGUACAUCUCGCUGCAACCGGAGCUGGUCGACACGCUCCGGAACAACCCGCUGGUCGAGACGUCUCAGCACAGUGUUCCGUACUGUAUGUACCACUUCAAGCAGAAGAAGGAGAAGGGCUGGGCCGAGCAGGAGAUUGAGCCACUACCGAGCGUAAUGAUUGGGAUCACGCAGCUGCAGGCGCUGGUGUACUCGCUGCUAAAGUCUCACAAGAACGACAUCCCGGUGGCCAGCAUACUGUACUGCAUCGAGCACGAGCUGCAGGCGAAAAUCGUGCCCAACGAGAACGGUGUUCCGCUCGAGCAUCUGCUGUGCUGCAUCCGCGGAGUGCAGAUCACGCACAACAGCUUCGGCAUCAAGGUGAUCUCCUGGCUGGACCACGAGCUUAACUCUACCAAAGACAACGAUGAUGCGUGGUCCGUGAAUAUGCGCUACAUGCCCGUGAGUCCCUCGAACGAGUUCCUGCAGCAGAUCUCCCGCGAGGUGGUGGAACUGAUCAAAAUGUCACCGAAAUCGACGAUGCGCUUCACGCGCUUCAUCCCGGCCUACCACGGUCACUUCGGGAAGCAGUGCCGGGUGGCGGACUACGGCUACACCAGACUGAUCGAGCUGUUCGAGGCACUCUCACCGGUGGUGCAAGUGAUGGGAGACGGCGAAAACCGUCACAUCACGUUGACCCACCGCACGCAGAUCCGGCGCUUCACGAACGACCUGCUGAAGAUCUUGCGCGGUCGCCCCAGCAAGUCGCUACUGCUGUCCCAGCUGCCGAUGAUGUUCUCGCUGGCCCAGAACCGGCUGUUCGAUGUGACCGACUACGGGGUGUGCGAACUGUACGACAUCGUUGAUGGGUUGAUCUACAGCAACUCGAUCGUGUCGAAGGCGUGCAACGACAACGACUUGCUCAUCUCGAUCGUCAAGCGUAAACAAACCGCAGCGGAGAUGGAGAAAACGUGCGUCUUUGCCGGCGAAGCGGUGGAACUGUUCCGGAAGGCACCGCAGUUCUCGAUCCUGUUCAAAAAGUUUGUCCGCUCGUACCACUACCACUUCGGUUACCAGUGCCGGCUCAGUGAUUACGGAUUUAUGAAGCUGUCCGACCUGCUCGAAGCACUCGGUGGACUCAUUGAGAUGGAACAGAGCAACGACGAAGAUCGGAAGACGUACCUUAACUAUCACGUGGCGCUGAGAAUAUUCGCUGAGCAGGUGCAGGAGAUCAUCAGCCACUGCACGGGAAGCUCCAGCACCAUGGUGCGGCUCAGCGGGAUCCUGAACGUGCACAAGAACAAGUACGGAUACCAGUUGCAGCCGAGUUCGCUCGGAUUUAGCACCAUGUUCGAUGCCAUGCGGGCCCUACCGUACACGGACAUCUUUGAGUCCGGCGGCGACUACAUGGUGGUGUCCCACUUGGACGACUCGGCCUUCCGGAUGCGCACUUACGCCGUGUGCGUCGUGCUGAUCGCCUCCCAGAAGGACCGCGUGCCGGUGAUGGAGUUGGUGCGUGACUAUCAGCAGCGCUUUAAGGAGUGCUUGACCGAGAAGCAAAUUGCGAGCAUGAAACACGCCGUCAUGAUGGAAAUGGAUAAGGGUUCUCCGACGGUGACAAUGACACCGCUGAUGAAGUUUGUCCUACGUCUGGUCCAAGUUGUGAAGCAGCGAGCGCCGAUCAACGUGUGCGAUCUGAAGCAAACCUUGGGCGUAUCUUUGAGGACGUGUUUUGAAUUCGGGUUCCCGAAUCUGUCGUCCGUUAUCAACGCAUUUCCGGAUGUGUUUGUAGCGAACAAUAUGGCUUGCAUUCACGAGCGGAGCUACAUCGAGCUGAACCGUGACUGCAUCCUCGCGAAAGUAUGUGUUGACGUUGAAGAUCGUCCUUCGACGGCUGCCCCACUAUCCGAUGGUGGCGCGAAUGAAAACGUGAAACCACCGACCGUAGACUAUCGUCUCCGGCCUGUGCUGGCCGCAUCGGCCGGUCCGAACCCGGUGGCUACCGAGCCCGCUUGGCGUAACCACGUUUACCCGCCACCGCAGCAGUCGCUCCUGAAUCCGAUUGCUUCGAAAGGGCUGCAGCUACCCCCGGGACCUCCCCAGCUUCAUCACGGAUCGGUGGGUCUGCCGAUGCAACCUUUGCAACCGAUGCAGCAGUUCCACCAACAGCAACGCCCUCUACUGAAUCCAUAUUACGCCAAUAACCAGACUCCCAACAUGGAUCUGGCCCACUGGUACGCCGGUACGGGCUCUCUGUCGAUGCCUGCAAACGGCACCGCUGGGUUCAACAAAGAAAAUAACUGCCCCAACGUCUACGGUGGUGUUGUGCAAAGUCAGGCGGCGCUGCCAUCAGACUCUCAAGCCAAGCCGGGCCUACCGGUACAGGGCCAAGAUUUGCUUCCGCUCGCGUUUCAAACGAGCUGCACAUUGCAGCCCUCCGGUAAUGAGAAUUGCUUCGCGGCACUUCAACCGCAGAGUGUUGCCGGAAGUGCCACCACCGGGCGCCAACCACGUCGAACUCAGCUCUGGAAUGAUGCGACCAACUUGACGUCGUUGUACAGCAAACGGAAGGCGCUCGUAGAGCUGAUUGCGAAAAAUUGCGUGCCUCCGAAACCGGACACUCCGCCAGCGAUGAAUCUUCCCUUCUGGCUCGAUCCAACAUGGGCCAGCUCGUUGUCCCCUCUGGAUAGCUUCUCGAUGUGCACCGAUCCUGACAAGUUGCUUAACAUCUCGAUCCCGGAGCUGAAGACGCUCAGCAAUCUGCCGCCACUCGAUACGCCGAAUAUCCUGCUGCCGGAGAAGAAACCGAUCUUCACCUUCGAUCAAGAUAAGUAG